UAAAGCCACUCCACUAUCGCUCAGUUCCAGCGGAGCCGCCGGUUAUUACGGCCAUCGGCACAGUUAUCAUUGCGCAGGGAUUUUUCGGAAAAGAUCCAGUGAUUUUACAAGCUUCCAAUAGCACAAAUGGCAAAAAAGGCCGCUUUGCUUUUUGUCCGGGCUCUGGAGAUGUCAGAAAGACAGUCAUGCGAUGUCAUGAGGAGAAACUCCAACUGCACCAUCAGACAUUUGAGCUCCUGCGGUAUCUUAGCUACAAGGCCGGUAAGCUUACCUCCUCCUUCAGCAUCUUCUCAGAUGGUGCCCACCCGGAGCUUCAUUAACUUGUCAGCCCCUCUCAUAACGCGGAGAAUGGAGUACUCAGAGAGCCGGAGCAUUGGUUACUCAACCGAGCAGAUGUACAACAUUGUUGCCAAUGUGGACCAGUACCAGCAGUUUGUGCCUUGGUGCAAGAAGUCAAAGGUAACGAGGGGCCGGAAUGGGGACAUGAGAGCCCAACUUGAAAUCGGGUUCCCCCCAAUCAUCGAACGCUACACCUCUGAGGUCACAGUCAUCCCGAACCACCAAGUCCGAGCGGUGUGUACAGACGGGACGCUCUUUAAUCACCUUGAGACAUUGUGGCGAUUUACUCCUGGAGCUGCAGGCCAGACCGAAUCCUGCAAUGUAGAAUUCUUUGUGUCAUUUGAGUUCAAAUCCUUGCUCCACUCACAAUUAGUGACAGUAUUUUUUGAUGAGGUGGUCAAACAGAUGGUCAACGCUUUCGAGACACGAGCAACCAAACUUUACAGCACCGGCGUUCAUCGACAGAAGACUUCACUCAGAAGAGCAACUUGAGAACCUUGUUAAAACGGACACAAGGACAUACAUAACCACAAACAUUGUUAAAAUGUUCUGGAGAAGAACAGCUCCUCUUUUUUAAAUCCAGUUUGUUGGAUUUUGGACUGUUAAUGCCAGCACAUGUUUUUGCUGAAAAAAACACAUUUGAGAAGCCUAUUUAUUUAAACCAAAAGAGAUAUAAUUUAUUGUGAUGAGUGUGUGUGUAUAAUUUAUAUAUUAUCUGUGGAGUGAAAGAUGAUUGCAGUAAAAAAUGUUCAGGAUGGAUGCUUUUUCAUAUUUAUGAUCAUUAUAUUCACAAGGUUGACCAAAGGGAAACAAAAUCAUCUCUAAAUUAUUAUUGAGUGCACUUUUUCCAGACUUGUAAUAAAACAAUAAUAUAUUUUCUUAA